AUGGCUGAUGAUACAGUUGAUAAACAUGUAAAGGCGAACGUUGAACUGCCCCUCGACAGAGAAGAAUAUACUCUAAGAAAACGUCUACCCAGGAGACUGCCAAAGCGCAAGAACGACGUAUACGUCACCAGGAAAACCGAUUUUAAAGCACAGUUGGCACGAUGCCAGAAACUGUUGGACAGUGGUUACAAUGAGAUUUACGUACAUGCUCUGGGAGCGGCCAUCAACCGCGGAUUGAACAUGGCACUGCAGCUGAAGGAGAGAGGUCUGGGAACGAUAGAUCUUGCCGUACACACAUCCUCCGUUGAACUAGUCGACGAUCUGGAGCCGACUGAUGACCAGCACGAUCAGAAGACACAGACCCGCAUGAACUCCGCAAUUCACAUAAAGGUCUACCGGCCAGAAUUGCCGGUCAGUGUCGGCACUGAGGGAAACUAA